AUGCCGAUCGUCCUCAUCUCCCCCGCGAAGACCCUGGACGAGACCCCGAUCGCGUCCAAGUCCGCGCUCUCGCGCGUCACCGCGCCGCGGCUUCGGUCGCGCACGGCGACGUUGCUCGCGAUCGCCGCGAAGCUCUCGUCCGCGCAGCUCAGAUCCCUCAUGUCCAUCUCCGCGCCUCUCGCGGACUUAAACCGAUCGCGGUACGCCGCGUUCGAGACGCAGCCCGAGAAGGCGUGCGCGUUCGCGUUCGACGGGCCCGCGUUCAGGGCGCUCGACGCGCCGACGAUGGACGAGCCGUCGCUGGACUUUGCGCAGAGGCACGUGCGAUGUCUCUCAGGGCUCUACGGGCUGCUUCGACCGUUCGACGCGAUCAGGCCGCACCGGCUCGAGAUGGGGACGAAGCUCGCGACGGGCGGUGAGAAGCCGAAGACACAGAAGAAGGAUCUGUACGAGUUCUGGGGCGACGCGAUCGCGGAGCUCAUCGUGGAGGAUCUGAUGGAGCAGCCGGUCGAGGAGCGAUUCGUCGUGAACUGCGCGUCGGCGGAGUACUUCAAGGUUUGGUUCGAGCUCACACUGUCGGUUCGCGCGGACGUUCUGGAACGCGCGGGGAUAGCGACGUACACGUGCGUGUUUCCCGGGCCGAGCGUGCACGCGAAAGCCGCGCGAGGCGCGAUGGCGCGACACGUCGCGGUGAACAAGAUCACGCGAACGGAGGGGUUGAAAGCGUUUCGAGGCGUCGCCGGCGAGUGGAGCUUCGCGGAGGAGACGAAACCGAGGACGUUCGUGUUUAAGGUGCGUUCUAUACACUGGUCCCCAUACGACCGCGUUGGCGUGGUGAACGCCGUUUCUUAA